UUCUUUUAUUGCUCUCUGUCUCCGUUUUUCUAGAUUUUUUCAGCAUUUCUCUCCAUGAUGGCGGAGGACAGCGAAUCUGCAGCCAGUCAGCAGAGUCUGGAGCUGGACGACCAAGAUACCUGCGGUAUAGACGGAGACAACGAGGAGGAAAAUGAGCAUAUGCAAGGGAGUCCAGGAGGAGAUCUGGGAGCCAAGAAGAAGAAGAAAAAGCAGAAGCGCAAGAAGGAGAAGCCGAACUCUGGGGGAACGAAGUCGGACUCUGCAUCUGACUCUCAAGAAAUAAAGAAUCCUGCUAUACCAAUGCAAAAAUUGCAAGAUAUUCAGAGAGCAAUGGAGUUACUGUCAGCUUGUCACGGUCCAGCCAAGAAUAUUGAUGAGGCUACUAAGCACAAAUACCAGUUCUGGGAUACUCAGCCAGUUCCUAAGCUUAAUGAAGUUGUUACAUCCCAUGGCCCUAUUGAACCAGAUAAGGAAAACAUUCGCCAGGAACCUUACUCUUUACCUCAGGGUUUCAUGUGGGACACCUUGGACCUGAGCAAUGCAGAAGUGUUAAAAGAGCUGUAUACCCUGCUGAAUGAAAAUUAUGUGGAAGAUGAUGACAACAUGUUCCGCUUUGAUUACUCGUCCAAUUUCCUAAAAUGGGCACUGCGUCCUCCAGGCUGGUUACCACACUGGCACUGUGGAGUCAGAGUUUCUUCGAACAAGAAAUUAGUAGGGUUUAUUAGUGCCAUUCCCGCCAGCAUUCGCAUUUAUGACAGUGUAAAGAAGAUGGUAGAAAUCAAUUUUCUAUGUGUGCACAAGAAAUUGCGAUCCAAACGUGUUGCGCCGGUGUUGAUCCGGGAAAUCACGCGAAGGGUGAACCUGGAAGGGAUUUUCCAGGCUGUGUACACUGCUGGAGUGGUGCUGCCCAAGCCAGUGUCCACAUGCAGGUAUUGGCAUCGAUCUUUGAAUCCCAGAAAACUGGUGGAAGUAAAAUUUUCCCAUUUGAGCAGAAAUAUGACUUUGCAGAGAACAAUGAAGCUCUACAGAUUGCCAGAUGCCACGAAAACAGCUGGCUUGCGAACCAUGGAGAAAAAGGAUGUCAAACAGGUGCAGGAACUGCUUGAAAAGUAUCUAAAGCAGUUUCAGUUAGGACCGGUUAUGGAUGAGGAAGAAGUCACCCAUUGGUUCUUGCCACAAGAGAAUAUAAUUGACACCUAUGUAGUGGAGGGCCCUGGUGGAGUUUUGACAGACUUCACAAGUUUCUACACCCUACCCUCCACAGUUAUGCAUCAUCCUCUUCACACAAGCCUUAAGGCUGCCUAUUCCUUCUACAGUGUGCACACAGAAACCCCACUCAUGGACCUCAUAAAUGAUGCUCUCAUUCUUGCUAAACUGAAAGAUUUUGAUGUGUUCAAUGCACUGGAUUUAAUGGAAAACAAAACAUUCCUCGAAAAGCUGAAAUUUGGUAUAGGCGAUGGUAAUCUGCAGUAUUAUUUGUACAACUGGAAGUGCCCAGCUAUGGAUCCAGAAAAGGUUGCUCUUGUACUACAAUAGCCAAUUUUGUUGACCUACUAGUUAACAAUCAAAAAACGAGCCAGCGUUCUGUUUUAUUUUAAUGCUGGGUUGCUUCCAGGAAGAUGCACACAAACCUGAAACAAUCAAGUGAAUGGUAUCAUCACUUCACUUGAUCUUCUCUGGCUUGUUUGGUCAAUACGAGAACAUUACGAAUUCAGAUUGUAGCCGAGUGAUGUUUCUUCUAAACAUUUGCAUCUUGAAUGUGAAAUCAUACAGACUGCCUGAGACUGAAUUUUAUAUUUAUAUUUUGUCCGUUCAAUAAGGAAAAUGUCAUCGUCUUCAGUCCACACAUACACAGCUUGCUCCUAAGUUGGCCAGGAGUAAAACAAAAAGGCGAAGAAACUGUCUUAUUGAUUCAUUUUUUGUACGACAGAGGUGCAAUGGUAGAUGUUUGUGUGAAAGAGAAAUUGUUGCUGGUUUCUAGUAUUAAGCCAGAUAUUUAUUCAAAUACGUGUUUUGUGCAGUUAAUUGAAAAUAAUGAAGAAUCCAAAGUUGUUGUUUUUUUUUAACCUAUCGUUGAUGUCUAAUUUUGGAGCAGGUGAAAGAUGGCAGAAGACAGGAUCUGGGUUUUUGCACUCUAAAGCUCUUUGGUAAUGCCUGAGUUAUUUUUUUUAACAGUAUAUGCUAGAGAUAACCCAUUGAAAUCCAUAUUACAUUUAAUAGUGGUUACUCUUUCAAUGCUUGGACAUUUCUGAUAGUUACUAUAAUAGUAAACUACAUUUUGGAUCCCUUAUUUCUGAGUCAGUGUACAGUACUAGCUGCUUAAUAUUACCCAUUGCUUCUUAAGUACUGUAUAAUCCAUUCAAAAUGCAGAUGAUAUUUUGGUUAAAUAUUUACAUUGACAGAAACACCUGUAAUUCAUUGAUGCAGGCUUGCUUCUUUAGACAAGAGAAGUUAUUUUGUUACAGUACAAGAAGGCAUGUCUACUUAUUGUACUUGAUGAACUAACAUAUCGCAGAGAGCCAUCUUUAGUGGCAUUGGAACAUUCUGUCUGGCCUUUAAGGCCCUGCUGUAUCACGUUAUAUGCACAGCAGACAUCCCUGUGUUGCACUGAUCACAAUAGGGUGAAUUACAUACCUGCCUCUUUUGAGGAUUUAAUCAAUUCCACCUAAAGUAUAACUGAACUCUAGCUGGUCUCCAAGCAUCUGUCUGCCCUUUUUAGAAAGUGUCUGUUUUCUCUGUUUGCAUCUAUAGUAAAUGUGUACAGUCGCUGGUCAUAUUCUGCUGGAAAGAAUGUGCAUUGCUUUUCCUGCAGUCAUUAAAUAUUGAACUGCAUCAGAUGUGGUUUAGUAUUGAAGUUUGACGUUUCAAAGGUCAUCAAUCCCUAGUACAGUCUAUUAAAACAAGUCAAAAAGUUGUAUUGUUUUAUUUUUGACUAGUGCUGCUUUAUACUUGAAUAACUGCUUUUAUCAAAACUUUGUAAAUGUUUUUGAUGUGGCUUUGUGAAAUGUGCAAUGUCUUGGGUGAAAGCAGUUUUACCCGAAGAUGAAUGCCUCUUCCAAUAAAGGCUUGAACAGGAAAGAAAUAAAAUCUGGGCUUGCAAUAGGUUUUCAGAUGAAGGCAUCCUUUACAGUUCAUCCCACCACAGACAUAACACUAUGUAACACAAUUUUUGUUCCUGGAUAGUAAGUGUUAUUUCCUAAUUGCUUAU